UUCAGUCACUGGCGUCAGGCAGGCGCACGACAUGAACUCAAACUCUUUCACCUUCUGUUUAUCGCCGUAAAUAUUGAUUGGUAUGUGAACAACAUAACUACAACCACUUUUUAAAGUUUUAAUUUAGCAUCAGGCAAAUAGAAGCUGGCGGUUGCAUAGUGUCAUUCACAUGUGACUUUGGGAAGGUGUCUGUUGGACUCGUAGGCUUGUAUUUUUUUCUCUCACCCAGGUUAUGGCGGAGCUGAAGUUUUCUAGCUUGUGUUGAGCGCUGAGAGCACCAGUGUUUGCUGAUGGAGCACCUCCAGGGAGCAUGGAAGACCCUGAGCAACGGCUUUGGGAUGAAGGACUCUGUGUUCGAGGGCCCUUGCCUUUCCCCGACCAUGGUGCAGGGCUUUCCCUCCCAGCGCCGCUCCUCCGACGACAGUAAGAUCCCCGACUCCAAGACCAGCAGCACCAUCCGCGUCUACCUCCCCAACCAGCAGCGCACAGUGGUGAAUGUGAGGCCAGGUAUGACCCUGCACAGCUGCCUGAUCAAAGCGCUGAAGGUGCGGGGCCUGCAACCGGAGUGCUGUGCUGUCUUCAGACUGCACCCAGGACAGAGGAGUAAAAAGUCACGUAUGGAUUGGAAUACCGACUCUACCUCACUAAUUGGGGAAGAACUGCUGGUGAAAGUCUUAGAUCAUGUCCCCUUGACGACGCACAACUUUGUUCGGAAAACAUUUCUGAAGUUGGCCUUCUGCGAUAUAUGCCAGAAGUUCCUUUUGAAUGGUUUCCGUUGCCAAACAUGCGGCUACAAAUUCCAUGAGCAUUGCAGCACCAAAGUGCCCACGAUGUGUGUGGAUUGGAGCAACAUCAGACAGCUCCUGUUGUUCCCGACACCAGGUGAAAGUGGGGGUCCAUCUCUUCCUCCUCUUACUUCUCGGCGAAUGAGAGAAUCGCUGUCCCGACUCCCCAGCAGCUCUCUUCACCGUUGCUCUACCCCUCACGCCUUCAACUACACGGCCCCCUACCCACCCACGGGGGGCGCUCUGUCCCAGAGGCAGCGAUCCACCUCCACGCCCAACGUCCACAUGGUCAGCACCACCAUGCCCGUCGACAGCAGCAUGAUGGAGGAAGCAAUGCGUAAUCAUGAAGCAAUGCGUAAUCAUGAAGCAAUGCGUAAUCAUGAAGCAAUGCGUAAUCAUGAAGCAAUGCGUAAUCAUGAAGCAAUGCGUAAUCAUGACUCAGGCGGGAGUUCCCCCAGCCAGAGUCCCACAGGCUGGUCCCAGUCCCAGUCUAACACCCCAGCUCCAGACAGACGAGAGAGGGCUCCUUCAUUCAACACUCAGGAGAAACACAAAAUACGUCCGAGGGACAAGCGGGACUCCAGUUAUUACUGGGAGAUUGAGGCCAGUGAAGUGGUUCUUCACUCCUGUAUCGGCUCAGGCUCCUUCGGAACGGUAUACAAAGGGAAAUGGCACGGUGACGUAGCGGUGAAGAUCCUAAAGGUGAUUGACCCCACGCCAGAGCAGUUCCAGGCCUUCAGAAACGAGGUGGCUGUCCUUAGGAAAACGCGGCACGUCAACAUCCUGUUGUUCAUGGGCUACAUGACGAAGGACAACCUGGCCAUCGUGACCCAGUGGUGUGAGGGCAGCAGCCUCUACAAACACCUUCACGUCCAGGAGACCAACUUCCAGAUGUUCCAGCUUAUAGACAUUGCCAGGCAGACAGCUCAGGGCAUGGACUAUUUACACGCCAAAAACAUCAUCCACCGGGACAUGAAGUCAAACAAUAUCUUCCUACAUGAGGGCCUGACGGUGAAGAUAGGAGACUUUGGUCUGGCCACGGUCAAGGCCAGGUGGAGUGGUUCUCACCAGGUGGAGCAACCCUCAGGGUCCAUACUGUGGAUGGCUCCUGAGGUUAUCCGUAUGCAGGACAACAUGCCCUAUAGUUUCCAGUCUGACGUGUACUCCUACGGUGUUGUCCUCCAUGAGCUGAUGACGGGAGAGCUGCCAUACUCACAGAUAGCCAACAGAGACCAGAUCAUCUUCAUGGUGGGCCGGGGGUACCUGUCUCCAGAUCUCAGUAAGCUUUAUAAGAGCUGUCCUAAGGCCAUGAAGAGGCUGGUGGCCGACUGCAUCAAGAAAAUCAAGGACGAGAGGCCACUGUUCCCCCAGAUCCUGUCGUCAAUUGAGCUGCUCCAGCACUCCCUGCCUAAGAUCAACCGCAGUGCCUCAGAACCCUCCAUGCACAGAGCCUCCCACACCGAGGAUAUUAACGCCUUCACUUCCACCUAUAGCAGACUGCCUGUGUUCUGAACUACAAUACCCAACCUGUCCCUCCUACCUGCUCCUGUUCCAAAACAUACACGUGUGUGCAUGAGCACACACACACACACACACACACACACACACACACACACACACACACACACACACACACACACACACACACACACACCAAAUAUCUACAGUGCCUUAUGAAAGUAUUCACCCCCUUGGCAUUUUUCCUAUUUUGUUGCCUUACAACCAGGAAUUAAAUAGAUUUUUGGGGGGUUUGUAUCAUUUGAUUUACACAUGUCUACCACUUUGAAGAUGCAAAAUAUUUUUUGUUGUGAAACAAACAAGAAAUAAGACAAAAACGUGAAGACUUGAGCGUGCAUAACUAUUCAUCCCCCCCCCAAGUCAAUACGUUGUAGAGCCACCUUUUCAGUAAUUACAGCUGCAAGUCUCCUGGGGUAUGUCUCUAUAAGCUUGGCACAUCUAGCCACUGGGAUUUUUGCCUAUUCUUCAAGGCAAAACUGCUCUUGCUUGGAUGGUUUCCACUGGUGUACAGCAAUCUUUAAGUCAUACCACAGAUUCUCAACUGAAUUGAGGUCUGGGCUUUGACCAGUCCAAGACAUUAAAAUGUUUCCCCUUAUACCACUCAGGUGUUGCUUUAGCAGUAUGCUUAGGGUCAUUGUCCUGCUGGAAGGUGAACCUCUGUCCCAGUCUCAAAUCUCUGGAAGACUGAAACAGGUUUCCCUCAAGAAUUGUCCUGUAUUUAGAGCCAUCCAUCAUUCCUUCAAUUCUGACCCAGUCCCUGCCGAUGAAAAACAUCCCCACAGCAUGAUGCUGCCAUCACCAUGCUUCACUGUGAGGAUGGUGUUCUCGGGGUGAUGAGAGGUGUUAGGUUUGCGCCAGACAUAGCGUUUUUCUUGAUGGCCAAAAAGCUAAAAAAAAAAAAAAAUUAAAUAAAAAAACAGGUGGACUUUAUUUAACAAAUUAUGUGACUUCUGCAGGUAAUUGGUUGCACCAGUUUAUUUUAAUUUUUAAAGUUUUUUUUAACAAGUAAUUUUUUUCAUUUCACUUAACCAAAAUGUGGACUAUUUUGUUUAUUUCCAUUAUAUGAAAUCCCCCAAAAAUCUAUUUAAAUUACAGGUUAUAAUGCAACAAAAUAGGAAAAAUGCCAAGGGGAUGAAUACUUUUGCAAGGCAUUGUAUGGCGUAGAAAAAGACGCGUGACUGCGGUUUAAAGGAAUCCUCUGACAGUGACGGUGGAUGGGAUCAAUAUGGGAUUUCAGUCACUGACUGAGUUUUUCCAGUGACUGUUUUGGUAUGGAGAGAAGAGAAAAAUAUUGACUACCCAUUGGGUUGGAGAAGAUGAUUGAUGGUGAAUGAAAUUCAUGCAAAUUAUAGGGUUAAUCAGAGGCCUACUGUAAUUUUCUCCAUUGCUAAAAUUGGUGCAAUGGACAGAGUGGCAAUGCAGGUAGUGGAACAUGUAAAUAUGUGAAAGAAAGCACAUCUACCUGGGGACAGAGAGGCAGAGACAGUGAAGGAAAUGCCUGAGAGAGAGUGAAAUAAGAGGUUCUCUAUCUCUGAGCUGUGAAGCACACCUUUCUGUCUGACAGGACUGACUGCCCUAGUUUCUUAUGAAGAAGAUAUUCUCUAAGCUGACCUGCCUGAAGAGGAGAUGAAGCCUAGACCAACCACCUUCUAGGAUGAUUCUUAUCAAAAACAGUGUGAUCCAUCUAUUGGUUUUGCAGGGGUAUUUGAUUGUACAUAGUCUUAAAUCAGAUAGAGAUUUGAAAUUAUUAUCAAUGUCUUCAUCUUCAUGCUUUUAUAAUUGUUUUCCUUAAUUCUGGAAAAAAAUUAUAACUUGUCAGACAGUCAAGCAUGACUGAUUUUUAUUUGGACGUUUUAACAAACGCAAUUGCUAUGUUUCUACGGUCCAUGUGAUUGGUUCAUGGCUUUGCAGAGUGUUCUGAUCAGUAGUUACCCACACAUUUUAAUCAGCCUUCUCUUUGGGUAAACCAUUAUGAGCUGGAUAUUGGGCAAUUGUCUUUAAUAUUUAAAAAAUUAUUUGAAAUCUAAUUUGCAAUUAGUCUGCCAUGUUUCUUUCAAGGAGGUACAUUUCUUUUUUAUUGUAAACGUGAGAAUGUUGUUUAUUUCAUGUUAUUUUAAUAAAAUGAAGUGAAACUAA